AUGCCAGAGCGUUAUGUCACCAUCGAACGAAACGGUCCGCUUGCACUCGUACGAUUUGAUCGCAAAAAGAAUCUGAACGCUUUUGACAGCCAGCUUAUUCUUGAGCUCACCGACGUUGCCAGGUCGUUCCACGAUGACCUGGACACCAGAGCCGUUGUACUGACCGGCUCAACCGAUUAUUUCUCGGCCGGCGCUGAUCUGGAAGACCUGGCUUCCCGCAAUGACCCAAACCUUUCCGACCUGGAAAGGCGGCAGAUAUUCUAUCGCGGCGGCAGGUUGUGCGAUGCCUGGGAGUCCAUGCCACAGAUCACCAUCGCGGCUAUGGAACGACUUGCAGUCGGUGCCGGUGUAGCUUUACCGCUGGCAUGCGACUGGCGGGUGAUGGGAAAAAGUGCCUACCUCUACGUACCCGAGGCUAAAAUCGGCCUGAAUCUGCAGUGGGGGGCGCUGCCUCGACUGAUAAACCUUGUUGGGCCAGCCCGUGCCAAGCGCAUAUGCCUGUUGUGCGAACGUAUGGAUGCACAAACCGCGCUUAACUGGGGGCUUAUUGAAGAAAUCGCGGCUGACGGAGAAGCGGCAGAUGUGGCCAUGGAACUUGCGCGUCGGGUUGCAGAAAUUCCACCGGUAGCAGCCAGUAUGAUUAAGGAAGCGGUCAACUCCACGACGACUGCGCUCAAUCGCAUUGCCAGUUACGCCGAUGCAGACCAGAGCCAGCUCAGCGCAGCAACCAAAGAUUGCACCGUCAGCCUGCUCACCUCAGGCGGCGUUUCACAAUGUGCCAUGCCAGCCUUCAACCCGGAUGCACGCAACGAUCAUCGUCUGGAUGCGAUUGAUCAACAUGCACCAGCUGAUGACUUUCAGAUCCACGACAGCUACUACGACCAUCGUGAUGCUGAACAAGACAUCAACUGCAUUUUUCCAAUCGAGCGGCUGCGAGAACUGGCCGCUAACGGUGAGAUAGGCCAGGUCUCCGAGCGCCUCUGGAGCGGAUUCAUGGGUCGUAUCUACAACCGCAGCAAAGUUAUGGAAGAAUCGGCCCCGGCAUUUGCCGCUGCCCUACGGGAAGACAAUGUCGACGUGCUGAUUGCCGGUAUUGCAACUGUCUACAUCGCUACCGGCAGAGACCUUACUGCCCUGGUAAAACCGCCACGAGCCUUAUUCGUCAAUCAUCCGAUGGGCAAUAAUUUUGGUCGGCCCGGUGAUACCAACAUGCAGCUGGACAUAUUGCGCACCGCACUGGGUAUGCUCGACAGCGUGACAGAGGGCGGCACCCUGGUCGACUACCUAACCACCUGGACUGACACAUUCGAGUUCGCGCCGGGCGGCAACGCUAGCGCUGCAGAAGUUUAG